UUUCAGACUUUAGUAAAUUAAGACUAAACAGUGAUUUGUGACAGUGACUAAGAGUUUCAAUAAAACAUUAAAAAGGUAGCCCUCAUCGUCAAAUUAAAAGCAUUACAUAUGAGAAGAGGAGAAACUUCGAAAUAACAAAAUAGAAACCACAUACAAAACAAAUGCCCCAAAAAGUAAGGACUCUGAUAAAGUUAGUUCCAACAAUUGUCCAUAACGGUCACAGACUUGGAAAGAAACUUCCCCACUAAAAUCGGUCCCUCUUCAAUCUUCAACCCCUUUCUUUUUACUGAGUCUUUCCCAGCACUCCCAGCAAAUCCGCACAAUAUAUCAUACCUCUUCAGAUCAGUGCUUCCACAUGGCCUUCUGUCUUUGGCUUCCCAACAAUACUCUCUUUUCCCACCAAGUUGUUUCUCACCUUCUUCAUCACCAUCUUUCCUGCCAAUACUUUUGCCAUUUUCACAUUGCCAUUCUUGAAUUGCAUCAUUGGGGGACUGGCUCUUCUUCCCGGAAUUGGCCGGUUUGGAAAUGACCCUCAAGGGUGGGACGAGCCAAGCCUGCGCCGCGUGCAAGUACCAGAGGAGAAGGUGCUCCUCAGAGUGUCCACUGGCACCAUACUUCCCUCCGGAUCAGCCCAAGAUGUUCCAGAAUGCGCACAGGCUGUUUGGGGUGAGCAACAUAAGGAAAAUACUGGAGCAUAUCGAUCCCAGUCAGAAGAUGGAGGCCAUGAGGUCCAUCAUCUGUCAGGCAAACAUCCGAGAGAGGUUCCCUGUGCAUGGCUGUUGUUACGUGAUUCGUCAGCUCGAGUACCUGAUACACCUGGCCGAGGAAGAGCUCCAUGCAGUUCAUGCACAGCUAGCAAUAUACAGACAGAAUAAUCAGCAGCACGAAAUUUCAUGUUCUCCUAAUGAAUCAACGUCAAAAUUACAGCUAGGAAUGGGGCCACGCCUCUGCCUCUUCCACCAGGAGGCUCCCCAUCCCCAAGCUUUCGAUCCUGUUUUGGCAUUGCCAAUUGAAUCACAUAAUUCUUACACAAACGGCACCAGCGUACCCUACAAUCCUGGCUUCCUUGAUAAGGACAAUAUGGCCGAUUCUUUUUGGUUUCAGCGGUCAUAUAGCGAUGGCAACAAUAACAGCAGCAAUAUUGUUCAAGAUACAAUAGCAAUGCAAUCACAAUUGGAAGUCUCAGAACAACUAUCUAUCCAACAGGAUCCCGCUCAAGAAUAUGAUGAGAUGCAUCCGUUCUUUGACACGACAAUAGAUGACAGACAGUCUUAUAUUGACUCCAAGGAGCCCUAUGAUUCAAGUUCGGACUCAUCACUUAAAGAUACAACGGACUCCAUCAUGAAUGUGACUGAAAAUGAGUUAAAAAGUGCAGCUGCCUGCUUUAGUCUUACCAGUGUCAACUGAUUAAUAGGCAGAAAAAAGAGUAAGGAGAAGAAUAGCAGAUUGACAUGUUUACUAUUGUGAUUCCAUUUUAGAACUCUGUUAUAUUCUUUUAUU